AACAGGGGACGCUACUGUUUGAUUCAGAAGAACACUUUUUGGUUUCAUAUCGACAAGUUGAUGUUUGCGUACGUCGUUUUUGAAAGACUGCCAGCUGAAACUUUUAUCUCAGGAGAUCACAUAGGUUUCUUGACUGAAUAUGGAAGAAUUAAGGCAUCAAGUUAUGAUAAACCAAUUUGUUCUCACAGCCGGAUGCGCGGCAGAUCAAGCAAAGCAGCUUCUUCAAGCUUCACACUGGCAGUUUGAGACUGCUCUUAGUACUUUUUUCCAAGAAGCUAAUGUUCCUUACAGCCAUCAGAUGAUGUGUACUCCAUCCAACACACCCGCAACACCGCCCAACUUCCCUGAUGCCCUAUCCAUGUUCUCCUGCCUGAAAGCCUCUGAGAGCUUCGGGAACAGUAGUCCCAUCGCUUCAAUGGCUACAUCACCAGCUCCACACGUCAACUGGGCCAUGAGCCCUCCGUCAACCCCUGGUCACCAGGGACGAUGGACUCUGGGUCAGCUUGCCACACAAACGGCAUCACCAGGCUGGCCGACAGCUGUUACACAGCAACCCUCCACUGAGCAUGCUAGUAUUGUUGUGGAAGCAGAAAGAUAGAGACUGCUUUAACUAGCCAUCACACCAUACAGGAAGAGGAGAAUGGUCUUUCCUCUUGAUUUCGGCAGUUGUGUACAGUGGAUAUGGAGCAAUGCGGUGAGAGAACUGGUGGUGGAACAACUCAUGGCCACUCUACUGAGGGCACAGGAGAUUAGGGACUCUUUUAAAAUUAUUUAUUUGUUGGCGAUUACCAAAAAGAUGGACAAAAUGUGUAAUUAUGUAGCAUAUUCUAAGAGAACCUCAGACGAAUGAAUGUGUUACGGAAUCGUUUUAUUCUCUUCUAUUUCAGCAGUUCUCAAUUUAUGGUGAAUACACAACACUAUUUUGCACUGCAUAAUCGAAAGUUGCAGUGAUGUAGGGUUAAAGGGCUAGUUCACCUCAAAACUAUAAUUGAGUCUUUAUCAGCUGUCAUUGUAUUGAAAUGAUGGACUGUAAUAUUCAUUACAUUUUCCUUUUGUGUUCAACAAAUGAAACAAAGUCGAAGAGGUUUGGGUGAUUAAAUAAUGCUAGUAUUUUUAUAUUUGGAAACCAUCCCUUUAAUGGACAUGGUUUACAGCCAUAAUCAUAUGAUCUUUCCAGCCUGGUUUGUAAUUAUUGACUUCCUUAUGACUCUCUGUGAUGCCUAAAGUUUAAAUUCAUUGGCAUUUUGUAUGAUUAGAAUAAGUGUUCAGUGUUCUCCUCUGAACACUGAAUUUUAUGGUUCUGCGUUAGAGAUGUUUAGCACUUAAAACACAUUUGUCUGUUUUAUCAUGAAUCCCUAUUUUAUUAUAAACCACAAGAAUGUUUUCCUAUAUUUCCUUAUAUUUCUAUUUUUUCCACAGAUGAUCUCCCUGUAACUGUGUUCACACUGCCUCCACAAUAUUUGUGGACUAUGUGAUGGUUAUUAUUUACUAUUUGUUUUGUUUUUAAAUAAAUAUUGUACACUGUAUAUUGCAAAACACUUUGCAUGACACCUUUUUUCAGUAGCAAUGUAAUUACGUUACAUCUGCAAUUUGCAGUUUUGUUAUCCUAUUGUUUAAUUAGGGACAGUGCAUUCACACCCAAUCUUUAUAUCUUUUUAUACAGUGGUAAACAAUUACAAAUGAUCAAAUUAAUGUUUUAUUAAUCAAUUAUUUUGUUUUUCACAAAACAAAUGAUAUGAUUAAAAAUAGGAAAAAGGUCAGUGUACU